ACAAGAAAACACACUCAAGUUACCACUCAGUACUAACAGUACUAACUGUUUUUCGAUUGGUUGGAUGGAUGGAGGGACGGACGGACAGACAGAUAUAGAUUCAUUGACUCGUACUUUAGUUCCGCUUAAUUAAAUAGGAAGUUGUCACAUCACUCUCCCGGUUCCAUACUCGCAUUCACUUAGCGAGGAAGACAGCACGAUGGUAUCGAGUUGGGUUGCACUGAAAUUUCUAAAAACGAGUAUUCUCUGGCGACUAUUAACUGUAAUCUUCACUGUAAAUUUGCCUUUGGCCCCCCAAGAAAGUUUUGCUCAGAUUCAACUCAGAGGGGAGGUUGGUGAGAAUGUGACCAUUCACUGCCCUGUGGACAGACACAAGACCAUCACGUUCUUCUACUUUCAAAAGGGCCAAGAAUUUGUAAAUGGCUUCCAUACACUGAAAAAGAUACAAAAGGCGAAAUGGGAAAACACCAGCGUGGAAAACGACAGCGCAACAGUGCAAAUGGUCAAACUGAAGGCUUCGCAUAGUGGUGAAUAUCAGUGCUACAUUCAAUACAAGGGCGAACCAAAUGUUUCGAACACAAUCAUACACCUCAGUGUCACAGCCAACUUCAGCAAGCCUACAGUGAUAACGUCCUGCCAUGCAAACCGCUGCCUGUUGACGUGUUCCUCACAUGGAGGUUAUCCGCGCAGUGAGUUGAUGUGGAAAGUUAUUGGGAACAGCAGCGGCCCGAUGUGGACAGUUCUGAAUGUGAGCGAAGAGAGCGAUCCAAACACAAUGUUGUACAACACUUCCAGUACCGUGUCCUUCAACUGCUCCUAUGGAGAAGAAAUGCUCAUUAGUUGUUCCAUGGGCGGUGUCACAUCUGAGUUGCUGUUUGUCUGUGUUCCAAAGCAUCGGCCUGAAAUUGUAAAACACACAAUCUGCUCAGUGGUGUUGUUCAGCGCAAUGAUUUUAUUGGUGCUGGUAUGGAAAUUAAUAAAAAAGAAAAAAAUGAGCUGCAGUAAGACGAAUAAUGUAGCUGUAGAUCCAAAGUAAGAUAAUCAGAAUCAUCUUUAUUUGCCAAGUAUGUCCAAAACACUGUAUAUUUUCACAAGGUUGUCUGUUUGAUAUGCACGUGCAGUAUAUCAGUUAAAUGUAAAAUUAAGAGUUUGCCUCUUUCAUGUACAAAGUUAAGUAAGGUGUUCAAAAUAAUAGAAACACCUCUUAUGGCACAAUCAAGUUCUACACUACUGCAGAUUACAACUAUACAAUCAUAAAUAUUUUUUAAUGAAUACUGUAUACACUAUUAUAAUUGCACCUACAUGACUUGUAGCUAUCUGUGGUUAAGCUUUUGUAUUACAUUUAUUUCAUUCAAAAAGCUGUAGGCUGAAGUAUCCAGUUGUAAUUAAACAUUUAUAUCUUAAGUUCCCAUUACUGUUUUACAUG